GUACGGGUUUGUGAGUGUGUGUGUUUCCGAGGAACGUGAAGCACAAGUAACGCCCGUCACCUCAUCACACCUACAAAUCAAACUGAAGGGGCUGCAUGACAGGAAGUGAAUGAAGAAACAGUUUGGUGUGAACACAAGCUCGCAUGAAGAGACACAAACACUCGUCCGGCUGGUUCGGGAGCCUGGCAACCCUCUCCCUCCGCCGCCCGAGCUCCCGACGCAAGGCCUCCGCCCCGCCGCAGGACGGGAGCAGGAUCUGGCCGGCUGACGACACAGAGGCCGGCCCCCAUCUGCGCGGCUACGCCCGCUCCGGUGCCAUGUACACCCAUGUGGGAACGGUGCCUCGCAGAGACAGGCAGCCCAGCAAGAUGAACACGGACUGGGAGGAGGGGGAGGCGAGGACAGCGACGGCAGAGCAUGUGCGGGACUCCCCGCUGCUCGGUGCUCUUUCCAGCCUCAGUCUCCACACUGUAGCGCAGUCCAGCUGUGCUCCGGCCGAGCACGUACAGGACAUGUCCAAAGGAGCUCCGGCUGGCCGCGAUGUGUCCAAAGCUAAUUUGGCUCCAUUGGAGGUUUACAAAAAUAUUCCGGUCCCUCAAGACAUUUACGUGCACAUGGAUGCUGUAAGCAGCCCGGAAACCGCAAAGAACUCACAAGAAGUGGAACACUUGCACAGUCCAAUGGAUGGCUGUGGCGAAUACGUGAAGUUCUCCCAGGACGAGAAGUUCUGGCAGGAGAAGCAGCUGCAGGAGGAACAGAAACUGAGCGCCGCCAACCUGAGGAGCCACGCCUGGUACCAUGGAUCAAUCACCCGACAGGUUUCCGAGGCCCUGGUGCUGAACCAGGGGGACUUCCUCAUCCGGGACUCCGAGUCCAACCCGGCCGAUUUUGUCCUGACAACCCGCUGGGACCAGAAGACCAAUCACUUCCCCGUCCGGAGCACGGCAGCGCACUGCGGGCUCCUUUACAGCCUGGACCAGGAAUCUUUCGACUCGAUGCCCGCCCUGGUGCGCUUCUACGUGGGCCGCGGGGCGCCGCUGACCCGCCGGAGCGCCGCCCGGAUCCAGCGGCCGGUCAGCAGGACAUUGCCGCUGCGCUACCUGGAGACGACGAUUGGUUUGCCGCCAUGUCAGCCGACCCCGAGCCAGGCGGAGGAGGUCUGCCCCAAAAGCGCCCCGUCUUUGCACCGCCGACAACCUGCGCUCUCUUCCCCUGCUGAUGACAUCCCUCGUCUGUCCACCAGUGCCGCCCCAUCACCAUCCCCCUCCAUAAGUUUGGAUCCCGCUCUUCCUGAACUCCACCCGGACAUCCAGGCUACAGACCCGGACGGCAGCUGCUACACGGAGCUCUACCCGUGCCCCCAGAGCUUCGUGGAGAGGCUCCGUGAGGAGGAAGGUCCCAGGGCGGUGGACGUUGACCUCCCUCUCGUGGUGGAGACGGCGUCGUCCUUUGCUCCCACCAACUACUGCUCGCCACUGAUGCCUGGGGAGAACAAGCCCUUGGAAGUGGGCAUCCUGCAGCGGGUGAAGGAACUCCUGGCUGGGACGGACCCCCAGACGGCUGCCCGACACAUUACCAAGUGGGACUGCACGGUCGCUCGCAUCUUGGAGGUGCGUCCAGAGAUGCAAAGGAUGAUGGGGGUCAGCUCAGGAGUGGAGCUGCUCACGCUGCCGCACGGACAGCAGCUCCGAUUAGACCUGCUGGAAAGGCUGCAUACUAUGGCCACCAUGUUGGCAGUCAACGUGUUGGGAUGCACCGGCACCACCGAGGAGCGAGCCUACGUUCUGCACAGAAUGAUUGCCAUCGCCGCCGAGCUCAAGAGCAGCAUGGGCAACUUGUAUGGAUUCGCUGCCGUCAUGAGAGCACUGGAGCUGCCGCAGGUGACUCGUCUGGAGCAGACGUGGACGGCAUUACGGCAGCGGCACACAGAGGGCGCUGUUCUCUAUGAGAAAACUCUCAAGCCCUUCAUGAAGAGUCUGAACGAGGGCCGAGAAAGUUGCCCUGCGUCCGGCACUACCUUUCCUCACGUCCUGCCGCUGCUGCGCCUUCUGGAGAAGGGCGCAGCUGUGAACGAGGGACCCCAGGGGGCGGAGGAGGACCCGUGGGUCUUGGGGGCCGAGGCCUGGGAGACGGCGGAGGCCAGCGUUGAUGUAGAUGUGCUUAUGUUCCACCUGGCAGCCGCGAGGAACGCCGCCCAGCUCGGUGCUGUCUAUGCCACUAAUGCCUGCAGCAAACUACAAGACUUCCAGGAGCAGACGGACAUCUCCCAAGUAUUCUGCACAGACUUCCAGAUGCGAUUGCUAUGGGGGAGCAGGGGAGCAGCGGAGAGCCAGGCGCGACGCUAUGCCAAAUUCAACCAAGUAUUGACUGCCUUGUCCAAAAGGCUGGAGCCUCCAACGUGCUGAGCUACCUCAAAGGGUGGGGCAUUAGCUUAGCACGCAACAGGUAGCGGGUUCGACUUUUGGCUUAGUCCACAGUGAGUAAUGGCCACAGUGAGUAACUCACAGAUUGGCUUUACACUGGCUUGCAAGUGUAAAAAAAAAAAAAAGCUCGCAUUGUCUCCCCCAACAGUCGAGACUUACAGAAGUCUUGUAUAACUUUUAUAAAUUUAUGGACCAAAAUAGGUGAAGGCAGGACCUCCACUACCCUGUAGUCAACUGUCCAAAACACACAAAAGGGUCGUUUUAAAAAUCUUUUUGUGGGGGUGGGGUUAGUUUGUUCAUCUGGAACAUUAGUAACUUUCCAAUUGAUGUGAAUUUAAUUUUUUUUUGUAUUAUGAGUGAGAUUGUAAAAACUACUAAUAAGUCUACUCACACGUUCAGAUGUAUGUAUUGUGUGUAGAGAUGAAAUGUAUUAAACCUGAACUAUGGUUUUU